AUGACGACCCAGGUCCCCAUGAUCUCGGUGCCGCUGAAGCAAACGAACGAGAUCGACUGGAUAAACCCGUUGAAAGGCUACAUCCGAGCUACAUAUGGUGACGACCCAGAGCGCUACGCGGAGGAAUGCGCCACGCUGAACCGGCUGAGGCAGGAUAUGCGGGGCGCGGGGAAGGAUAGCGCGGCGGGGAGGGACCUGUUAUACAGGUAUUAUGGGCAGCUAGAGUUGCUGGAUUUGAGGUUUCCGGUUGAUGAGAAUCAUAUUAAGAUCUCGUUUACUUGGUUCGAUGCCUUCACCCACAAACCGACAUCGCAGUACUCCCUCGCAUACGAGAAAGCGUCGAUAAUUUUCAACAUCUCCGCCGUCCUAUCCUGCCACGCAGCGCACCAGAACCGCCACGAGGAUGUUGGCCUCAAGACCUCAUACCACUCGUUCCAGGCAUCUGCCGGCAUGUUUACGUAUAUCAACGAGAACUUCCUACAUGCGCCAUCCACAGAUCUGAGCCGGGAGACGGUGAAGACGCUGAUAGCAAUUAUGCUGGCACAGGCUCAAGAGGUGUUUCUGGAGAAGCAAAUUGCGGAUGGGAAAAAGGUGGGAUUGCUGGCGAAAUUGGCAAGCCAGGCUGCGUUCUUGUAUACCCAAGCUACGGAAGGUGUACAGGAGCAGGUUACAAAGGCUAUUUUUGAGAAGGUCUGGAUGCUGGUUUGUCAGACCAAAGCCAACUACAUGGCUUCGGUAGCACAGUACUACCAGGCUCUAGCGGACAACGAUGCGAACUCACACGGGGUAGCGAUCUGCCGAUUGCAGGUCGCAGAGACGCACGCGAGAGACGCGAAUCGAAUAGCCAACGCCUUUCCGUCGUCGACACCCUCGAACUCCAAUCUCCCCGCAGAGACUGGUGCAGUAUUGGCCGAGAUGACGAAGAAGCAUGUCUCCAACGUUCAGGAGAGACUAGCGGAGUUCUCUAAGGACAACGAUUUCAUCUACCACCAGGGCGUUCCCAAUGAAGCUUCCCUCACACAGAUACCCAAGCUACCGGCAGCGAAGGCAAUACCUGUUAGCGAGCUAUACCAGGGGCAGGAUAUCCAAAGGAUCAUAGGCCCGGAUAUUUUCCAAAAGAUUGUCCCUAUGGCCGUCACCGAGUCCGCAAGUCUGUACGACGAAGAGAAGGCGAAGUUAAUACGGGCGGAAAGCGAGAGAGUGGAAGUAGCUAAUGACGAGAUGGCGGCAAGCCUGGACUAUCUCAAACUACCGGACAGUCUAAACGUACUAAGAGGAGGCAUGGACCAGGAUAUGAUGGUCGAUGAAGACUUCCGGAAGUGGUGCGAGGAGUUGGCCGGCCAUGCAUCCUUUGGGCCUGCUUUCGAACAGCUGAGCUCCGAUAAGGCUGAAAUCAUGCAGAUGCUAGAUUCAAGCAUGAAACAGCUCGACAUGGAAGAGAGUGUCUGCGAGAAGAUGAGGUCGAAAUAUGGACCCGAAUGGACACAGCAACCGAGCUCGCGCUUGACCGCAACGCUACGGAGCGAUAUACGGAACUACCGAGGAGCCAUCGAGGAGGCAAGCACGAGUGAUUCACAGCUCUAUAGCACAUUCCGGCAGUACGAGGCAGAUUUCGACGAGAUGCGAUCGGCCGGCGAGACGGAUGAGGCGGACGUAUUGUACUCACGAGCAAUGGUUAAGGCCGGAGCUUCAAAGGGCAAGAGUCCACGGCCCGCGGAAGGCAACCUCUUGGAUGAUGACUUUGUGGACGGACCGAGCGUUGCGGAUCAGAUUGCCAGCGUCGAAGAGUUGAUGCGGAGGCUGAACUUGAUCAAGAAGGAGAGAAUACAAGUGCUGAAGGAUCUCAAGGACAAGGUCCACUCCGACGAUAUCUCGAAUGUACUCAUCCUCAAUAAGAAGGCCAUCGCGAACCAAGAAUCACAGCUCUUCAAGGCGGAGCUCGAGAAAUUCCGCCCACACCAGAACCGCAUAUUACAAGCCAACCAUAAGCAAGCUUCACUACUUAAAGAGCUUACGCGCACUUACUCCGAUCUGCUAAAAGACCCGCGAGUGCGAUCUGAACAGAGUAAAUAUGAGGCUUUCUCAAGGCAGAGGAACAGCGUGAUGACAAAAUACCGGAGGGUCUAUCAGAGCUUCAACGAUCUCAACGCCGGCCUGAUACGCGCGCAAUGCUUCUACUCUGAGAUGAAAGACACAGUUUCAAGCCUCCAAAAGAACGUCGAGGUUUUUGUUAAUAACAGACGUUCCGAAGGCGGCCAGCUCCUCCAAAACAUCGAGCAGAAGAAGUCCCAGGGCGCAGACCAGGAACAGCAGCGCCUGAAAGACCUCAUGGAACGCAUGUCUAUGGAACCCUCCGGAUCGCCCGUCUCUGCUGGCGGCGGGAGAAAGAAAAGCAUUCCCCCUCCUCUCUCCUCAACGCCCGGCUACCCAUCAGCAUCAUCCUCGCAAUCCCAUCCCGCCUACAACCCCGCUACGUCUCCGCCCGUCACACCGCGCUACCCAAUGACCACCGCUCCAGGACAACCAAAUUACAUGUCCCCCCAACAAUCCUACGGUUCCUCGAAUGGCUAUCAACAACAGCAACAACAACAACCACCCCGCCGAGAAUCUUAUCAAUACCCCCAACACUCGCAAACGCCCUCACAAUCCUACAACCCCACACAAUACGGUCCCGUCUCGCCUCCCGCACAUCAGCAAUACUUCUCUCCACCGCCGAACCAGCAGCACCAGCCAUGGGGUCAGCCGCCGCAAGCAGGGUAUCCCUAUCAGAGUAGCACACCACAGCCGGGUCUGCCUCAGGGAUACGUGCCGCCUCCGCCGCCGCCUGGCCCGCCACCCAACCAGCAACUGGACUAUAGCCAGUAUAACAGCCCGUAUCCGGCGGGACCGGGCGGGUAUGCGAAUCCGGCGGGUCAGAGGAGUAGUCAGCAAGGGGGACAGGGUCAGCAGAGUGGAGGAGGGGAUCCGUGGGCGGGUUUGAGUGGGUGGAAAUAG